AUGAGCGACCACGAAUCAGACGGAUCUGAGCGAGAAUCAGCCGGAGAACAGUCAAAAUCAACUAUGAGAGGCGUCAUCACAUUGUCGUCGAUCCCGCCACUUCGCUACCUAUACAAAAACAAGACGCUGACCAAAGCCGCCAAACAACGGUUUAGCGCCAAGGAAGAUCUACUGGACCGUAUACAUCUAUUCCAAGGUGAUAUCACAAGGUUGCAGAUAGACAGCAUCGUCAACGCCGCGAAUAGAUCUCUUCUCG